AUGCCCAUUCGCAUCCGCCAUGAAGCGCGCCGCAAAUACCACUGGCCCGAGUUACAACUCAACAUCUGGAUCAUGAUCGUCAUGUCAUGUUCAGCGACAUGUCUGGGUAUUUUCUCGUGGUUCAUGACUGUUCAAUCGCAAAUGCAUCUCGGGACGCCUUGGCUCUUCCCCUACAUGGUCGUGACAAGCGCUCUAGGUGUAGCAUUUAUCCUCCUCGUUCUCGUUCUCGCCGAGCGUCGAUUCCUCUUACCCGGCAUUAUCAUCAUCGGCAGCUUUAUACUCUGCGUGUUAUGGUUGACUGGUUUGAUUGAGACCUCGCUGCAGCUUUAUGGGAUUGUCGGUGAUGUCAAUGCCAAUUGCCAGAUCUAUGUGGAGAAUAAUAAGUCUUGGGGGAAUAAUAUCAAUACUUUGGCUUGGUUGACCCAGAGUACGAUUUGCAAUUGCUGGAAGACUGCUUUUGCGUUGGAACUUGUCAAUACUAUCUUCUAUUUAUGGAUGAUCGUUAUGUCUUGGCAGGUUAAUCGUGAUGUUUAUGAUUGA